CACAUUUCCAUUUGCUUUCUCAUAGGAUCUUUGUAGUUCCUCAAUUAUUAUCUGCAUCUUCUUUCAGUUUUGGACCAAAUAUGAAGCCCCUCAUGCUAGCCAACCUCACCCUUUUAUUCCUUUGCUUUGGAGCCACUCACCAAACUCCAUGGCCUCUCAAUCUCCUUUUCCCAUUUUUGUUUUUCCUAGUUAUCAUUCUCAACUAUUGGCUUGUCCCGGGAGGCUUUGCAUGGAGAAACCACCAUCAAAAACUACGUGGCCCAUCUGGUUGGCCCAUACUGGGCAACUUACCCGACCAAAUGGCUGCUCUUGCUCAUCGCAGACUAGCCGCCAUGGCUGCUUCACGUGGCGCCACUCGCCUCAUGGCAUUUAGCCUAGGAGCCACUCGUGCAAUCAUUAGCAGCCAUCCUGAGACCGCUAAGGAAAUCCUAUGUGGGUCUUCUUUUUCAGACCGACCAAUUAAAGCAUCAGCUCGUUUACUGAUGUUUGAGCGAGCCAUUGGCUUCGCUCCCUCCGGCACUUAUUGGCGCCAUCUUCGUAGGAUUGCCGCAAAUUACAUGUUCUCCCCCAGGAGAAUUUCCAGCCUAGAGCCACUGCGGCAAAGUGUGGCUAAUCAAAUGUUGGGGGGAGUGUGGAAGGAGAUGGAGGAGAGAGGGGUUGUGGAGUUGAGAGGCAUAUUUCAAAGGGGUUCUCUGAGUAACAUACUAGAGAGUGUGUUUGGGAGUAGUUGCGGCUUGAAUUUAGAAGGAGAAGAAUUAGGUGGUAUGGUAAGAGAAGGGUAUGAACUUAUUGCAAAAUUUAAUUGGGAAGACCAUUUGCCUCUAAGGUUUUUGGACUUUUAUGGGGUGAAGAGAAGGUGUCAUAGAUUGGCUGGAGAGGUUCAUAAUGUUGUGGGGCAGAUGGUAAAAGAAAGAAAAAGGGGUGGAGAGUUGAGUGAUGGUAAUGAUUUUCUUACUGCUCUCCUAUCUCUGCCUAUGGAGGAUCAGCUAAGUGAUUCGGACAUGGUUGCUGUCUUGUGGGAGAUGAUAUUUCGUGGGACGGACACCGUUGCCGUACUUCUAGAAUGGAUAAUGGCCAGGAUGGUUUUGCACCAAGACAUUCAAGAAAAAGCCCAACAAGAGCUUGACACGUGCGUGGGCAAUCGCGGGCACGUGCAAGACUCCGACCUACCAAACCUCCCUUAUCUCCAAGCCAUAGUCAAGGAAGUACUUCGUAUGCACCCUCCUGGCCCAUUACUCUCGUGGGCACGUCUUGCUGUCCAUGAUGUUCAUGUGGGAAAGGUCCUUGUGCCAGCUGGCACAACAGCACUAGUGAACAUGUGGGCCAUCACCCAUGACCCAUCCAUCUGGAAGGACCCAUGGACAUUCAGGCCCGAGCGUUUCAUUGAAGAGGACGUGUCCAUCAUGGGCUCGGAUCUAAGGCUCGCACCAUUUGGGUCGGGCCGUAGGGCGUGCCCUGGCAAGGCACUAGGGUUAGCCACAGUGCACCUGUGGCUCGGACGGCUUCUUCACCAAUUCAAGUGGCUUCCGAUGGAUACUGUAGAUCUUUCGGAAUGUUUAAGGCUCUCGCUCGAAAUGAAGACACCGCUGACAUGUCGCGUGGUUCACCGAUCCAGCAUUAUGAGCUUAUGAAGCUAGUUAAUGUAAUUUCAACUUUGUAUUUUAUUUUUAUUUUUCAAAAAUGGUGUGGUUCUAGAACUAUGAAAAAAAAAAAGAAAAAAAAAAGGGAGAACAUGUAUAAUUAAAGAUAUGUAAGUCCGUUGUUUGCUUAGGGAGGAAGUGGGCUCCUAAACAUUGUAAACUGUUAUAUUUACUAUUUAGCUACUUAUAUAUUGGUGUUGGUUGA